CGCGUACUACCCGGCGCCCGGUGCCCGGGUCAGCGAAGACCAUGGCGUUCAUGGUGAAGACCAUGGUGGGCGGCCAGCUGAAGAACCUCACCGGGAGCCUGGGGGGCGGCGAGGACAAGGGGGACGGGGACAAGUCGGCGGCCGAAGCGCAGGGCAUGAGCCGAGAGGAGUAUGAGGAGUAUCAGAAGCAACUGGUGGAAGAGAAGAUGGAGCGGGACGCGCAGUUCACGCAGAGGAAGGCCGAGCGGGCCACGCUGCGGAGCCACUUCAGAGACAAAUAUCGGCUGCCCAAGAACGAGACAGAUGAGAGCCAGAUCCAGAUGGCAGGUGGUGACGUGGAGCUGCCCCGGGAGCUGGCCAGGAUGAUUGAGGAGGACACAGAGGAGGAGGAGGAGCGGGCCUCGGUCCUCGGGCAGCUGGCCAGCCUCCCUGGCUUGGACCUUGGCUCACUCAAGGACAAGGCCCAGGCCACAUUGGGGGACCUCAAGCAAUCAGCUGAGAAGUGCCAUGUCAUGUGACUGCUUUCCCUGGGGUCACCCACUGGGGUGAUCAGAGGGCUGUGCCCACAUGAGGGCUAAGAGCAUGUCUCAGCCUCCAGGGACCCAUACCCCAUCUUGGCUGUGUUUCCCCUGCUCCACACUAGCCCUUGGACCCUUCUCAUCCAUGGCCCAAGCCUACCGUCUGGUCUCUCCCUCUCCACUGGGAGCAAAGUCCUCAUUCCUCACCCUACCCUUCAGGACCCACCCUCCCUACUCAGCCUAGGGAGGCCUCCCAAGAUUGUAGGAAUAGGCCCGUCCCUCUCUGGCCAUAGCCCCAGCACACAGGAGCACCCAUAGAGAGAUAACCAGAGGGACAUAGAAACCCUGGUAUGCGCAGAGGCAUAUGCCAUAGAUGCAUCCUGGCACACACAGACACACGUACCCAGGCCAGCUCCCCUCUGUGCCUAGCCCCUCUAGACACCGGCACUCGGAUGUGCUUAGAGGAGGCUUUGGGCAGACAGGAGGCCUGAGUUUGAGUCUCCACAUUUAUUCUCCUUGAAAGCCACUGCUCCUUCUGGGCUUCAUUUCACCAUCUAUAAAAUGGAAGUGGACUGAGUGAUUUCUAAGACUUGCUAGCUUGGCCUCCCUGGCCCUCGGAGCCAACCCUACACCCCUCCUUGGGCAGGGCAGCAGCUGCAGCCAUAGCCUCAAGCAGCUGCCACUGUGCUGUGGGCUCUGGCUCUCGGGAGCUGAGCGAUGUUGUGUGACGGGCCGAGUGCCAAGGAUGAAGCUGGCACCGAACAGUAGCCCGGGCGGCUCCAGGCCUCCUCUGGGCCCAGGCCCAGGCAAUUUCUGUUCCGUUCCUGUAGAACUCUCUCUGGAUUCCAUAGCUGGAUCUCCUCUCUCAACUCAGUGAAAAAUAAAAAUUCCAAAUGGCAU